CGAAUAAGAACCGUAAAUCUCAAGUUGCAUGCGCGUUGUUGGGUGAAAAUGGCAAAUACUGCUCGAUGAAUUUUCCUGCUGCGAAAUUCAUAGUUAAAUAUCUGCAAAAAAAGUUGUAAUUGCGUGCCAAUUAGCUCAAUUUGAAGCGCGUUUUUAGAGCACAAGAUUGUCCUGGAGAAAGUCUAAAACUUGGUAAAACUAUCGGAUAUUAGUAUUACUAGCAAUGCGCAGCAGAACAGAGCUCGUCACGCACCAGCUGGAAGGUUCCGAAUUCGAAGAUGAAUCGGAUUUUGAGGACUCGGAGGAAGAUUGGCGGCCGGCUAAAGGAGAACAGAAACCUAAGAAAAUUAAAACCUCUGGCCGGGGAAGAAAGUCUGUCGGAGGAAGCAAGAACGGAAGUGGUACCAAACGGGGCCGUAAACCAAGCCGAAAGGCCAAGAAGCAGUCCAGCAGCGAGGAAGAUCUCAGUGACGAAUCGGAACCGGAACCGGAGCCCACGCCCGCGAAGAAACCCAGGAAAACGGCCAAGAAAUCGACCGAUUCGAACGUUUCUGCCGACGCUUAUCAAAGUGCUUCCGAUGCUCCUCAACCGACGGAAACGGUAGUCCUGAAGUCCGAACCGACCACGUCGAUGUUUGGCAACUCCACAACUGCAGCUUCCCCGACGCCUAAACCUCAGCCACUCCAGCGUAAGAUAGUGACGCCGGUCAAGAGCUUCCCGGACAAGUGCGGCUAUCUGAAUCUGUUCAUGUUCAAGGGCGACCUAAAGGAUGGGAUCGUCAACAAUGCUCAGCUGUGCCUGUGGCGGCGAGAUGGAUCAAGCCUGCUGCAGAAGUAUCUCCGGGAUAAAACAGUGCAAUCCGAGACACCGCAAUUCAACUCAUCGAUGGUGUACUCAUGCUGGGAAGACAAACGGGCCAAUGAAUACCUGGAAGUCAAGGUGCGGUGUCUGGAGCAGUCGAAGCAAAUCCGUGUCGAGCUGACCGAUCUCGAAGAACUGGAGGCUAAAUCGAAGGAAGAGUACGACAGCUAUGUUGCCACCUAUGGGACGCCGGUGCCGCGGUCCGGCGUGACCCAGCAGGACGAUGACGACGACGAAGACUGCGAUGAGGACGAACUCAUGGACGGAGCGGGCGGAGAGGAAGACGGCGAGGAUUUCGACGAAGAUGGUGAAGCAGAGGAUGUUGCUCAGGAGGAAUGAUUCGGUGGACGUUGAGGAAGCAAUUCACGAGAUGAGGGGGGAUCCAGUUUGUAAGCUGUAUGCCAGUAGGCAUACCUAUCUCCUAUUCUAGCCCCGUUCUCUAUAUGAGUACUGAUUGUGCUGAAAUCACAUCAAGUAGCAAUGUGUAAUAAUUCGCGAUAGCUGUAGCGGAUAAUCUAAUUUAAUUGAAUGAAUGUGUGUUUCUUUUUAAGUAUUGAUAAAUCAAUUGUGAAUUGCGGAAAAAUUAACUUUAUUUUCUUCCUAUGUGGAUUCAAAGUAAUUUUAGCAUACCAGUGUAAUCGAUAAAAUAUUCAUUGUUUUAAAUGGAAAUAUAUCAACUAUCGCAAUAUGCAUGAACUAUCUAAGUCA